CGUAUUUUCUAACAAUACAUACAUACUGUAAAAAUGCGUAAAUAGCACGGUGAGCCCUAAAAGAACUAUUUUUCAAAUCAUUUCGGCAACUCGGUUUGUCAACUUUGCAGCUGGAGACGACGUCCUGGGAUGAGUUCGCUCUGCUGAAUAUAUUUAAGGCAGCAAAUUGACACCAUGCCCAAGAAGUUCAAGGGAGAAAACAGUAAGGCAGUUGUUGCCAGAGCUCGCAAGGCCGAGAAGGCAGCUGAGGAGAAGGCCAAGAAAGACAAAGCCAUAGAAGAUGCAUAUUGGGAAGAUGAUGACAAACAAGCUAAAAAAAAGAUGGCAAGGAAGGAAGAUAAAGAAAAGAAGAGGCAAGCAGAGUUGGAGAAAAAGGCAGAACUACGAGCAUUAGUAGAGAAUGAAGAGUCAACACUGACUCCAAAAGCUACACCACAGAAAGUAACUCAAUUUGAGUUGAAGAGAAAUCAAGAAAGACAGGCUGAACUGGAGCAGCAACUGAAAGAAAAAGAAGACUCUAAGACACACCUUGACAAUCCUCUGAUUGAAAAUCUCAAUAGGGCAGAAGGUUGUGAUGUGAUAUCAGCGAGUGGUAUUGAUGCAGCUUUGUCUGCUCUAAGUACUGAUGACAGUAACACUGACCAACAUCCAGAGAAGAGAAUGGCAGCAGCAUUUAAAGCCUUUGAAGAGAAGAGACUACCACAGAUCAAGAAGGAAAAUCCAACUUUGCGUAUGUCACAGCAGAAGCAGAUGUUGCGUAAAGAAUGGCUGAAGAGCCCUGAGAAUCCUCUGAACCAAAGGAAAUGAUUAAACCAGUGAUAUACUAAACGCAAUGAAUAUACCAUUGGAGGAAGGAUAUCUAGGAUCUCGAUUUAUUUUCACGUUUGCAGUUAUGUAGAUUAAAAUGCGGAGAUUAAACUCAGAUAUAUA